GAUUGAAAACGCACUCAAUUACCAUAAAACGGUAAUAAAUAUUUCUUCGGCAAGUAUCGAAAUUAAGUGUUAUGCACUUCUGAAGUUAAUUGAAAUCUAAAUCGGUCCGCGACGUGAUGUGAUCGGAUAUUAAUAUCGGAUAUUUAUAUUUACCGACUGGUUUCCGAUGAGUGAAGGCGACGGACGUUUGCCAAGAAAAACGUCGGCUUGAAUGAAGAGGUGAUAGCUCUGGACGCAGCGUUUGGCAUAUGGCCAGAGUUAUUGGGAGGCAAUAGGUACCACCUUGGCAGCUUCUUCAUACCAGCGUACACACAACUUUUAUGAUAGUCGAGCAAUGGUACCUUUGGCAGAUAUGGCAUUAUUUAACGAUCAUCUUCAGGAAGUUCUCGGUUUUUUUAAACAUCAAAAUAAAUCAUUCAGGUGCUGUCUCUGUUGGAGCCAACGAAAGCAUAACACUUGCUGAAUCCUCUACCUCGGCCAUCAGUGACACUCUUGCACCCUCAAGUGCAAAAGAAAUUACUAUUCCUGCAAAGAAAAUUAAGAUGUCGCAUUUACCAGAAACUGAAGAACCAAAAAUUAUCAACUGCUGAGUUGCAGCGAUUAGUUCUAUUAGUGCAGUUGAAAUUAUGUCGAAUGCAACAAGAAGAAUCAUAAGAGACAUAAGCAAGGUGAUGGUAACUUUAUACCAAACAGUAGUUUUUCGGAGGAAAAAAAUGUAUUACAAC